CUCUGAAGGGCUUGAAAGCGCCGUCCAACACGUGAGGCUCAUGUGACGGAGGUAGGUCAGUUUCUAAGCGAGCGAGAGAGACGUGUCUGUAGUCACAGGGUUUAUUUAACACGUAGUCCAUCCAGUCCACCCACACACACAUUUAACCACGACUGGAGCUACUAAACAGUUCUCGACUACGCCUGGAUCGCGAGUUGACAACAUCGUCCAACCUUCACAUAGUUGCAGGAUAUCUGGAACGUGGAAAAACGUUAAAGCUAUUUUACUACUGGAUUUGUUUUAAAAACAAUUAUUUCAAGGACAUUCGACUUAUGCUUGUUUUUAGCAAAACAAUCAAAGGAGCAAUUUUUAUUUGUUUUUAUCAGAAGUGAAUUUGGGAGAAUUUGUUUUUCGGUUUUAUCACCUUACUUUGGUCUGGCACGGGGUAAAAUGGAAAGGAUUACAAGUGCGCAACCUCCACCAUGUAUGGCAAAACACCCGUCGCUUGAGAUAGCUGACAUGUCUGGAAUGGAUUUUCCAAUGUAUGUGUAUAAGCCUCGGCGAGGUGGAAUGAAACGAGGAGAAGACAGCAAGGAUACUUACAAGUUACCCCAUCGAUUAAUUGAGAAGAAAAGGCGAGAUCGAAUCAAUGAGUGCAUCGCGCAGUUGAAAGACUUGCUGCCAGAACACCUUAAACUAACAACGCUGGGCCAUUUGGAGAAAGCUGUGGUUCUGGAGCUUACUCUCAAACAUGUGAAGGCUAUGAACAGCCUGCUGGAGCAACAGCAACAGAAAAUCAUUUCACUACAGAAUGGCCUGCAAAUCGGAGAGCAGGGAAGUGGCAGCCCGGAGAACAGUGAGGAGAUGUUCCGGUCAGGUUUCCAUCUGUGUGCCAAGGAGGUUCUCCAGUAUCUGGCCAACAAAGAGAACAGCCAAGACAUGACCCCCCUGCACGUGAUGAGGCACCUGCAGAAGGUGUCCUCCGAGCUGCUCCAGGGAGCGGAAAGCCCGCACAGUGAGGAGCCGGCCUUCGAAGCACCCGAGAGCCGGGAAAAGCCAGCCAGCGGCCCCCAGCCCAAAGCCCCCGAAGGCCAUGCCAAGAACUGCGUGCCCGUCAUCCAACGGACUUACACGCACGGCAACGGCGAGCAGAGCGGCAGCGACACAGACACCGACAGCGGAUACGGGGGCGAGCUGGAGAAGCGCGACGCCAAGGCCCACCAGCGGGUGAGCGGCUACUACACCGCCAAGGAGGUCGAGAUGGCCAAGUAUGGCCUGAGCGAACGCGUCAAACAGGAGAGCGACGAGCCCCAGGCCAAGCGGCAGCGCGCCGACUCGUCUGAAGAUGAGUCGCUCUCGGGCCACGAGGCGGUGGCGGGCCACGGCGGCUAUGUCAGCUUCUCACCGCACCAGGCGCCCCUAUGCAUGCCCUUCUACCUCAUCCCGCCCUCCACCGCCGCCGCCUACCUGCCCAUGUUGGACAAAUGCUGGUACCCAGGUGGCAUGCCCGUCUUGUACCCGGGCAUGGGGGGCUCUCCGCCGAGCUUGUCCCCCGAGAAGCUCCCCUCGUCCCUGGUCAUGUCUCCCAGGGUGGGCUCCCCCACAACCCCUCAGACCCCCAUGGACUCUCCCGCCCUCCUCCAAGCUCUGAAGCAAGUGCCCCCCUUGAACUUGGAAACCAAAGACUGAGAACUCACUAUUUCUGUUUUCUAUUGUAUUUUCACUGGCAGCCCGCCCUCUGAAUGUUAAGGUGUCGAGAGCGGAACCUCCCACCGCAGGAAUCCUCCCCAGGAGGGAAGGCAGGGACACAAGCACUCAUAUCUCUCCCUCAGUGACCGCGGCAGCAGCAGCAGCAGCUGUCUGCCCCCAUCAGGCUCUAGCACCACCCUACGAGAGCAGACAGCCGCACACACACACACACACACACACACACACACACACACACACACACACACACACACACACACUAGCCCAGUGGCCACCGCCUCCCACCGGUUUGGGCCUCCCCAAAACCAGAAGGUGCUGAGAUUAAGAGGUGACCGGGAGGCAAAGUGUCCACGCACCCAGAGAGAUGGCCUGCUGUUUUUUUUUUUUUUUUUUUUGCUUUUGCGACACUGUGAAGAAGGUCAAUUUAAGGACAUGAGCACUGUGGUUGAGACUAAUACGGGUCUAGGGAGAGGUCAAUUCUCUUAGCACCUGUAUUGAAUGUUAGAGUUGAAAACCCAGAAUGUGACGCGUAGUCGCCCCCAAAUGAUAAGGACUUGCCCUUUGCACACAAACACAAAAACACACACACACUCAAGCACACACACCCACAUAUGAACAUACCUUUCUGUGUUGAAUGUAUAAAAAAAUGAAAGCAAACCCCCUGUAGAUGCUGCUUUUGAAGUUUCUACGUGCAGUAGACCCGCCUCUGGAAGGUUCUACAUUUUUUCUGUAUCUGUGGCUGCUUAAAAAACUGCAACAGACCGUCCUUUCUAGUCUAGAAUGCAACCAAAUAAGUGUCUGCUUUUGGUUGACCAGAGCUGUCACGACAGCAGAAACACUGCUCCCAUCUCACUCUCUCGCCAGUCACCUUACCCCAAGAAACAUACCCCCGUGAAUCUUGUUUAGAGCAGAGGUCGACGGGGUGGGUGGGGGGGUGUCAUCUUCAGGGCUGGUAACGUGUCACUCGUGUAAAUAGCAGAGUGAUGUGAUCACACAUGCAUUUUAGGUUUUGAGUUUGUAACCCAUUACCAUUGUUGCAAGUAGAUGGAGUCCUUGUGCGGUAAUGUCUUGUAAUUACAUUUUUGUUUAUACUACUUGUACAUCUAUAUUUUUGAUACAUGACUCACAAGAAUUUGUGUUUGCAUCGCGACAAGAGGGAGAUGUAGGCAGCCACUUUGCUGUAUGCCAACAGAACGUGUAUAUAGCAUUGAGCUAGAAGUGAUAUGCAUCACACCAUAUAUUAAUUUCUGGUCAAAUUAAGACAGAUCUUUGGUCAUGCGGUUGCCUUUACUUGUCUAAAGCAGAUAAAAUGACAGAUAUCUAAAUUCUUAAUCCUGGAUUCUAUGGAAGAAUGGAGAGGAAAGUGAAUGUAAUAAAACAAAAUAUUAGUUUUGUAUAGGAAGAGGUACUUUGGGUUUUUAUUUUGGGACCUAACUGAAGGUUGCUCUAUGUAUAUAUUUUGUCUAUAAAGUAUGGUUGACAUUUAAAAAAAGAUAAUAAUAAAGCUUUUUUUCCUGUGGAA